AUGUCCGCAGGGGCCGAUUUCACGGAAAUGGCCGGGAAGGCGAUCAAGGAUGCCGUGCGCCUGGCCCGGGACAGGGGCCAUCUCCAGCUGGACCCGGCGCACGUCUUUGCUGUCCUUGUCAAGGAGAGGAGCACCCUGCCGGCGCAAGUGCUCUCGCGGCUGAAUGGCGACAGCCAGGAGGUGGCCAAAGGCUGUGACCGACUUUUGAGCAGCUUCAGCUCCCAGAGCCCGGCGCCAGAGGACAUUGCCCCGAACAACGCCAUGCGCGGUACCCUUGCACAGGCAGAGAGGCUGAGGGCUGCCAGCGGCGACAGCUACCUCAGCCUGCCCGACCUUUUCCUAGCACUGCUGAAGCAGAAGUCGCUGAGAGAGGUCGUGUCUUCAGCGGGCUACAGCAUUUCGGCUGUGGAGAAGUCCAUCCAGGAAGUCCGAGGAUCACGGAAAGUGGACAGCCAGACCGGCGACGAGAACUUCGAGGCCCUGUCCAAAUACGGCAGGGACCUCGUGGCCGAUGCGGAGAACGGCAAGCUCGACCCCGUCAUCGGGCGCGAUGAUGAGAUCCGGCGCGUCGUGCAGGUCUUGGCUCGGCGCACCAAGAACAACCCUAUCCUGGUUGGAGAUCCAGGCGUUGGGAAGACUGCCAUUGCCGAGGGCCUGGCGCAGCGUGUCGUGGUCGGGGACGUCCCCGAAGCGCUGCAGGGCUGCCGCAUCGUCGCCCUCGACGUCGGAGCCCUGAUUAGCGGGGCCAAGUACCGCGGCGAGUUCGAGGAGAGGCUGAAAGCAGUGCUCCAAGAAGUCAAGGAUGCCGAGGGAAGAGUUGUCCUCUUCAUCGACGAGGCGCACCUCUUGAUAGGCGCGGGAAAAACGGAUGGAGCCAUGGACGCGGCAAACCUCCUCAAGCCCAUGUUGGCGCGCGGAGAGCUCCGCUGCAUCGGGGCCACGACGAUGGACGAGUACCGGCGGUACAUCGAAAAGGAUGCUGCCCUGGAGAGACGUUUCCAGCAGGUCCACGUGGAAGAGCCUUCCGUGCAGACCGCCAUCACCAUCCUGCGUGGCUUGAAGGAUCGGUAUGCAGCCCACCACGGUGUGAGCAUCCAGGAUGCUUCGCUCGUUGCCGCGGCGACACUGUCCAGCCGGUAUAUCACUUCCCGAUUUCUCCCCGACAAGGCCGUGGAUCUUCUGGAUGAAGCUUGCUCCAAGAUCCGUGUGCAGCUGAGCUCUCAACCAGAGGCCAUCGACAGCCUGGAGCGCCGGCGGCAGUACCUGGAAGUGGAGGUGAAAGCGCUCAGCAAGGAGAAGGACCACGGCUCCAAGACGCGGCUUGCAGAGGCCCAGAAGGAGCUCUCAGCCGUCUCCGAGCAACUUGCACCACUGCGAGCCCGUUACCAGCAGGAGCGAGAGCUCAUUGACGACUUGCGCAAGGCCAAGCAGAAGCUGCAGGACCUGAAGAGGAAGCUCGAGGUCAUGGAGGCGCGCCACGAUGUCGACGCUGCCGCGGAUCUUCGCUACGACGCCAUCCCGGGGGUGCAGCAACGCAUCCGCGACCUGGAGGCCAAGAAGAAGGAGCAGGAAGACGACUCUGAGAGCCCGCUUCUUGUCGAGACCGUGACCCCUGCCCACAUCGCCGAGGUGGUCUCCCGCUGGACUGGCAUUCCGGUGUCCAAGCUCUCGCAGGGGGAGAAGGCCAAGCUCUUGAAUCUGGAGGCGGAGUUGAACCAGCGCGUCAUCGGACAGGAGGAGGCGGCCGCUGCUGUGGCGCGCGCCGUGCUGCGCAGCGCCGCCGGCCUCGCGCGGCGGAACCAGCCCACGGGCUCCUUCCUCUUCGCUGGGCCCACAGGGGUCGGAAAGACCGAGCUGGCAAAGGCGCUGGCCGCAAACCUCUUCGACAGCGAAGCGCGGAUGAUCAGGUUUGACAUGUCCGAGUACAUGGAGCAGCAUGCCGUCUCAAGGCUUAUCGGUGCGCCCCCGGGCUAUGUGGGACACGAGGCUGGUGGCCAGCUAACGGAGGCUCUGCGUCGUCAUCCCUACAGUGUGGUCCUCUUCGACGAGAUGGAGAAGGCGCACCCGCAAGUUCUCAAUGUGCUGCUGCAGCUCCUCGACGACGGCCGCAUCACCGACAGCCACGGCAGGACCGUGAGAAGACGAAGGGCUUGGCCGGCUUAG